AUGGCCAUUCUGUCUGUCUUCGGUCUGCGAGAUGUUUCAAUUGGCGUUUCAGUAGGGCGUCAUUCUUCGCAAACUUUCCAGCAAACUUUUUUUUAUGCUUGUAUCUAUCUAUCUAUCUAUCUAUCUACCUAUCUAUCUACCUCUCUUCAGGCGCCAUACUUCCCAUUACUUUACUGCCUUGCAUGGCAUGAUACUGAUUAUCUAUCUAUCUAUCUAUCUAUCUAUCUAUCUAUCUAUCUAUCUUUGUUGUCGCUACACCUGCAUUUUGCUUUUUCUGUGUAUCUAUCUAAACGGAUUCACAUAGAUCUAUCUAUCUAUCUAUCUAUCUAUCUAUUGCAGUUUCUUCAUCUAUCUAUCGUAGUCUCUUCAUCUAUGUAUGUAUCUAUCUCAAUCUGUUCCUAUCUAUCUAUCUAUCUAUCUAUCUAUCUAUCUCAUAUCGCAGUUUAUUUCCCUCUCUAUCUAUCACAGUCUCCUUAUCUAUCUAAAACAGAAAUGUCACUAGAUUCAUCAUUUUUGUCCAUAAAUAACCUACCUCCACGUAUCUUAUCAACCGCAGUUUUGUCUUCCCUCCCCAUUAAACAUAUUUUUCUUUUUUUCUUUCCUCUUUUCUCUUUUGUUUCUCGUUUUCUUUUCUCUUUUUUUCUUUUAUCUUUUGUUUCUCGUUUUCUUUUUUCUCUUUUAAUUUUUUCUUUUGUUUCUAUUUUUCUUUUUUUCUCUUUUAAUUUUCUCUUUUGUCUGCCUUUUUCUUUUCUUUUCUUUUUUGUUUCUCUUUUUCUUUUCUUUCUUUUUCUUUUCUUUUUUGUUUCUCUUUUCCUUUUCUUUUCUCUUUUGUUUCUCUUUUUCUUUUUUUCUUUUCUCUUUUUUCCUUUUCUUUUUUUCUUUUCUUUUCUUUUUUUUCUCUUUUUUUUUCUUUUCUUUUUUCUUUUCUUUCUUUUUCUUUUCUCUUUUUGUUUUCUCUUUUGUUUCUCUUUUCCUUUUCUUUUCUCUUUUGUUUCUCUUUUUCUUUUCUUUCUUUUUCUUUUCUCUUUUGUUUCUCUUUUCCUUUUCUUUUCUCUUUUGUUUCUCUUUUUCUUUUCUUUCUUUUUCUUUUCUCUUUUUCUUUUAUCUUUUUCUUUUCUUUCUUUUUCUUUUCUCUUUUUGUUUUCUCUUUUGUUUCUCUUUUCCUUUUCUUUUUCUUUUUUCUCUUUUGUUUCUCUUUUCCUUUUCUUUUCUCUUUUGUUUCUCUUUUUCUUUUCUUUCUUUUUCUUUUCUCUUUUUCUUUUUCUUUUCUCUUUUUCUUUUCUCUUUUGUUUCUCUUUUCCUAUAUUUUCCAUUUCUUAA